AUGGCAGAAGAGCAGAAAGUAGCCGCGACCGUGGACGCUACCGCCGAAAAUGCGGCUGCCGAGCAGGAUGUGAAGGAAGUCCUGGCUGAGCUCAAGGACGACGCCAGCAAGCCAGACAGCGCUGACGCUGAAAAAGCCGAGGAGGACAAGAUUGUUGCGGCUGCUAAGAAACUAGGCGAAGAAGCUCUGUCAAAUGAGACUGCAUCAGAGACACAGAAGGGACGUGGAAGCGGCCGUGGUCGUGGCCGUGGAGGGGUGCGCAUCAAUUACCGUGACAAUAUCAAGUCGGACCCUUCCUCCCUGGAGGAGACAGAUGAUCCGACUGAGAUUAGAAAACAGGUUGAAUUCUACUUCUCUGACUCCAACCUCCCAAUGGAUAAGUUCCUCCUCUCCAAAGUUGGUGGUAGCGAGAACAAGCCCGUCGAGCUCGCUCUUCUUCAUUCCUUCAAGCGAAUGCGCCGCUUCCAGCCUUUCAGUGCCAUUGUCGAAGCCCUCAAGACCUCAGAGCUCGUCGAACUGGUAGACGACGACAAAGCUGUGCGUCGCAAGGUUCCUCUCCCAGACACCAUUAAGGAGACGGCCGAUUCAUCAGCUGUCAAAGUCUUCGAGGAUAAAGCCAUGCAUCGUAGCAUUUAUGCCAAGGGAUUCGGCCCAGAGGAGCCCAGCACCCAGUUCGAUAUUGAAGCCUUCUUUACCCCCUACGGUCCCACCAAUGCCGUCCGUCUUAGACGCGCCAUGGAUAAGACAUUCAAAGGUAGCGUCUUUGUCGAAUUUGAGACCGAGGACCUCCAAAAGGCAUUUUUGGCAGUUGAGCCAAAGCCAAAGUGGAAGGGGACCACAGAAUUGCUUAUUAAGAGCAAGAAACAGUACUGUGACGAGAAGAUCAAGGAGAUAGAAGCUGGCCGUCUCAAGCCUAGUGACCGGUCUGGCGGAAGAGGUGGUCGGGGAGGCCGUGGAGGCCGCGGAGGUCGUGGGGGUCGCGGAGGUCGAGGCGGUCGUGGCGGUGGCCGGGGCCGUGGUGACCGAAACAACGGUGACCGUAACGGAGAAAGAGAGGAAGCCCAGGCAAAACGUCCAGAGCCUGAGAAGGACAGCCGCGGCGUCCCUGUCAUCCAGGUCUCUAGUGACAAGACUGAAUCCCAACAGAAUGGAGGUACUAAUGGCCAGAAGCGCAGCCGUGAAGAAGACUCCGGGGCAAAGGCCAACAGCAAUACCGAGGAGAGACCAGCUAAGAAGGUUGAUGCUAAAGACAGCUAA